GCGAUGACUUCAUCCCUGGUGUGGGAUGACGUCAAAUUCAAGAUGGAUGGAGUCACGACCAGAACGCUGAAACCUCCACAACACUGAAUAAAGUCGUAGCUGCGAGGAGGCGAGGCUCUUUUCACAGCGGGAAGCCAUGGAGAGCCUGGUACAUUACAGUAACUCAUCACAUGCCCUGUCAUUGUUGGGAGUCCUCAAUGAGCAGCGGCUGCGGGGCCAGAUGUGCGAUGUGGUUUUGGUUGUGGCAGACCAGAAGUACCGGGCCCAUAAGAGCGUUCUUGCCGCCAGCAGCGAGUACUUUCAGAGUCUCUUCACACAGAUGGACGGCGAGUCGCUGAAGGUUGUAAAUCUGGACUUCUGCGAGCCUGACGCCUUCGAGAUAGUUUUGAACUACAUUUACUCCUCCUCACUCUUUGUGGACAGAGGCAGCCUGGCAGCCAUUCAAGAGCUGGGCUACAGUCUUGGAAUCCCUUUCCUCACAAACAUUGUGUCAACGAGGCCGCAUGCAUCCUACUGCGUGUCCAGGAAAAGGCUUUCAUUCUCAGAGGGGGACGAGAACGACAUCCAGACAAGGAGCGUCAUUGUGUGCRGCGUCCAGAACAGCGCAGCCCACCCUGCUCUCUCAAACUGUCAGGGAAAAACUUCAGAGAGGUCAUCACCUCCUCCUUCCACUCAAGGGGCUCUGCUUCCAUCAGAAAUCAAACCAAAUAAGUUGGUCAGAAACUCAGAAUCCAGUGGGAAACCUUCAGAACAGAGCGAAGCUUCUGAGAGGAAGUCCAGCUAUCCGUAUAGCACCAUACUGAAAGGGAAUCCAUCACACAUCUCAUCUCUGAGGCCUCAGUUGACAUCCUCGGUGUCUUUCAGUGAUGCUGAAGUUCAUCACACCAGGCCACAGUCUGACACAAAAGAGGAGAAGGAUGACCUGGAGUACCACCAUCACAACAAAGUGCCCUUUCAGGGUCAGUCCAGUGAGUUGAGUCAGACCACCGACAGGAGCGGCCCACUGAUUAAAAGCCUUCUCCGAAGAUCAUUAUCCAUGGACAGCCCUGUUCCAGUCUUCUCUCCGACACUGGAGCUGAAGGAUCUCCAAAACCGAGAACAGUCCGUGGUUAAAAUGGCCUCAAAAGCUUCAGGAUCAGAAACAUUCAUCCAAAAUGGCAACUCAACAAGAGCCUCCCCUCUCGUUCUCAGGUCAAAGUACCCCAGUAGGUACGUUAAAGAAACUCAGGUAGAAGGAGACGUCAGAGUUAAAGCUGAGCCCAGCAGUCCACUAGCUGACCCCAUGGACAUUAUCCGCAUUACAGUUGGAGAUGCUUUACCAGUCAGUCUCAAAGACUUGCAAACAAAUUACUGCCAGGAGUCCCAGGCAGAGGUUAGUCCUGCAGUGAAGAGGAAGGACAGGCCUGACAACAGGAGGUAUCCCUUCAAGAAGAACAAAGUUUUCAAAGAACAUGCUGUGUCCCUCGAUGCGAACAUGUCUGACUCUGCACAUCAGGACGCCAGCAAUGACUCCGAUCAGAACAGCAGGGAGCCACCGCAGAACAAGGUUUUCAAAUGUUGGAAUUGUUUAAAGGUUUUUCGGUCCAGCACCGGACUCCAUCGUCACGUGAAUAUGUACCACAACCCAGAAAAGCCAUACGCUUGUGAAAUCUGCCACAAGCGCUUUCAUACAAACUUCAAAGUGUGGACACACUGUCAGACGCAGCACGGCGUGGUCCAAAAUCCAGCUUCGUCCUCCAGCUCACCUGUCCUGGAUGAAAAGUUUCAAAAGAAGUUAAUAGACAUUGUGCGAGAGAGAGAAAUAAAGAAGGCUUUGCUUUGGAAGCUGAAGAGAAACAAGCAGGGUUUGCAGCCUCCUUCACUUGCCAAAAAAAGAUCAAGGUCCAAUUUCAUCUGUCCCUAUUGUGGCAAGGUUUUUGUGUUCCAGUCUCAGUACAGACAACACUUAAGGAUACAUCCUGCUGAAAAGACAGAGGAGGACAUGGGGAGUGAAAGUGUCCUCUACCAGGAACAGGAUGAAAUCAUUCAACAGGAGGACACAGAACCAGGUGUUUACUCCUGCAGGCUUUGUAACGUUAAGCUGUCAUCACUGUCGGAGCAGGGUGACCACGAGAGAGGCUGUCGGCACGCAACCGUUUGUCCGUACUGUGGCCUCCGCUUCUCGAGUCCAGUCAUCAAGAAGGACCACGAGGCGCACUGUAAGUACAAGAAACUAACGUGUCUGGAAUGCAUGCGCACCUUCAAAUCUUCCUUCAGUAUAUGGCGCCACCAGGUGGAGGUCCACAACCAGAACAUGAUGACGGGUAAAAACCAGAUCUACCUGAAGCAACAAGAGGGCAGCGAGGAAGCGGCUGCAGCACCCGCAGAGGAGCCUUACAGUGACGAUCCUGCAGCAGGCGGCAGUUUCAAAGACACUAUCAGUUACAGCGACUCCCCGGGUCCGGCCAUGUACGACUCUGAAGAUUCCUCAUCCUAUGUGCCUGAGGACCUGAGCAUGGGCCGCCAUGGUAGCCUGGUAGUGAAGGAGGAGCCAGUCGAGGAGGCAGUGAGUGAGAGGGACAACGCAGAGACUGCUAAAGUGGGCCUUGAGGAACCCGGGGUGUGGCCGUGUGAGAAAUGUGGCAGCCUCUUCAGCUCGCGCAAAGACCUGGAACGACACCAGGAGCUGCUGUGUCACAUCAAACCUUUCAUCUGCCACAUCUGCAACAAAGCCUUCAGGACCAACUUUCGCCUUUGGAGCCACUUUCAAUCCCACAUGUCAACUGCCAGCGAGCCUGGAGCCAAAGAAAUUGACAGGCAUCCAUCUUCCCUGUCUCCCUCCCCACCCCUGACCCCUAAACCCUCAGAGCGUCACUCUCCACAGACCAUGGUGCUCAGAUCCUCUCGGGCAGCACCUGUAGCAGUGACCAUGGAGGAGGACUGCAGCAGCCCGGAGCCAUGCGGCUCUGCAGCAAGCAACACAAAAAGGCCUGACCCUGAUGCCGGUGGCCACGGCUCUCUGUCCCGGUCGAACAGCAUGGAGAACCCAGGUGGCUCAAAUGAGUCGGACACGCUGUUUUACCACGCGCCAUCUCUCUCCGCCUUGACGUUUAAAAGGCAAUACAUGUGUAAACUCUGCCACCGAACCUUCAAGUCAGCCUUCAGUCUGUGGAGCCACGAGCAGAGUCACAACCACACGUAAGCCUCAGACGGCUGAGGGUGGCGCUCUGCACAGACGACAUCAUCACAAACACACAUCAGCCUACACAAACAAGACUCUGAAUGUAUAUUCGCUUGCCUCCAGUCGUAUAUUUUAAGGUGACCAAGUUCAUUAGAUGUGUUAACAUGAAUGUGCAAUCAAGUGCUUGAGUUCAUUUUGUGAUGGUUAUAAAAGUUUAUUUUUAAAUAAUAUCUGUUAUAAACAUAUUUUAUUUGUUUUGCAUUGACCUCUGUAAGUGUUUUGACAAAACAAGUAACAGAGCUGCACUCCAUUUUACUUCUGCUGUACCUUUUAACCUAAACGUGCAGCAAAAGACUGUUCUUUUAGUGUGGAAGUGCUUUAAGGUUAUUUAAAGCUGCUGUUAAAAGACAAAAAAAAAGGCUCAAGCAUUUAUAUAAAUUUGUCUUUUGGUGUGAGUGGCAUCUCCUAGAAUAAUAUUGUAGGCCUCAGUAAUUUACUCAGUAUGCACUUUGUUUAUCAGCUUGGCUCUGUUAUUGGAAAAUGUGAAUCCUUUGUUUUUUGCUUUAGUUUACAUAACUAAGGUUUUAGGUGGCAGGAGUAAAAUGGUUUAACAUGAGCUGUUUGCAUCAAACUUAGAAUUCCCAUCAGUCCUCAACGGCCUUUUCUCCAUUUAAUAGUUUUGACUUGUGAAAUAAUAAAACUCAGUCUGACACACAGUGGUGAUUCUUUAACAAACACACUAUUACAAUCCCAGUUCCAAAAAGGUUGGACAAAAUGUGAAUAAAAACAAUGUUAGUGAUUUCAAAAUCUCAUUACAACAUAAUUUAUUCAAAUGUUUAAACAAAUUAAAUAAAUUGCUAUUUUGGAUUUAUGGCAAUAACACACUUCAAAAAGGUUUGGACAUGUUUACCACUAUCAACCACCCCUCUUCUUUUAAAAACAGUCUGUAAAUAUAUAGGAACUUAGAACCAGCUGCUGGAAGUUUUGAUGGGAAUGUCCCAUUCCUCUAGCUGUUCGACAGUCCUGCAUCAUCUUUACUGGAUUUUUAUUUUAUUUUUUUAAUGAUACAUCCAAUGUUUUCAGUUGGAGAGAGGUUUUGGGAGAGAGGUGAACCUCUGCCCAUCUUUACUUCUGAAAGAUUCGGCCUUUCUAAGAUGCUGUCUUUUUAUUACCCAGUCUGCUUAUUGUCCUGUUCGCAAAGCACGUGAUUAGUUGCAAAUUGAUUCCUUACUUGCCUUUUGUUGCUCUUGUCCCAUAUUUUUGAGAUGUGAUGCUGCCAUUAUAAGUCAAAAUAACCUUGAUUAAAAAAAAAACUAUUCCUCACUUUAAUCAUUUGAUAUGUUUAAUUGUUCUGUUAUAAAUAAAUAUGAAUUUAUCAGACAUGCAAAUAUUUUACAUGUCCCGACUUUUUUGGGAAUUGGGGUUGUGGUAGUUGUUAGUCUGAUAAAAGUAAGUUUAAUCCAAUUAUUAGAUAUACUGUACAAAACGUGUCUAUAAAAUAUUCAAAUAUUUAAAAAAAUAUCAUUUUUGCUGAUUUUACACUAUUCAGGUAUUUGUCUCUUCAUACAAACGGUUUCAGAAAUCUCUGUACUCCAUGAAAGCAACCUUUCAGACCAUUAAAAAGAAUGAAUGCAGUUUUGGUUCUACAGGUUCCAUUGAUAAAUAUAAAAGUUCUGAUAAGUUCUGGUUUUCAAUCCCACUUUCAGGACCAAUGACAUCUGCAAGCAUGACUAUCAUUGAAAUAUUCAAACAGAACUUUAUGCUGCUGAAUUUAUUUGAUAAUUGUAAUUCACACUGCGUCGAUGGCCUUAUGCAACUUUUUUUGAUAUUACAUGAAAGCACAAGAGUUUCAGAGGACCUUUGACUCAGGCAUUUUCAGAUGGUGAUGUCAGUGGGAGGUAAACGAUGGCAAAUAAAUGUUUUAUUCUUUAAAAAGCAACAAGUAUUCCUGCUUCCUAAAGAUUCAUUCAAAAGAUUGUGUUUUGAUAGUAUUCCAGUGGUUCUACAGUUGUAUUCUUGUACAGGUAUAUACUUCUGCUUUGGCUUGGAUCAGAUCUURGUCCUGAUUUAUUCUGACUGUUGGAGUGCUUCAGUCUGUGCUGACUCACAGAAGUUGUAUUGUGAUGUUUGAGUUUUCUGCAGAAAUCCUAUACUAAUAGUGCUCUUAAUCUUUGGAGAAAAUGUUCUGAAGGUUUUUGCAGAAAUGUUUAGACUCGCAUAAACGCAAGUGUUUGUAUUUUCAAUUUUUGUACCAGUUUUGUUAGUAAAGAGAAGUUUUAUCUUUUUACUCUUCCUGUGCUUUUACUGCAAUAAUGAAUAUUUGUAUUGGUUGCAUUAUUGUUGCUUUUUGAGAUUUUUUUGUGUUACGUUUUCUACAGGUUUUGUGCUAAACUUCUGUAAUAAAGAAUAACAACAGAG